AUGUCCCUCCGUACGCGGCUCCGGUUAGCCGUGACCGUGGGGAUAGUGCUGAUAGUACUGCUCUACCUGUCAAACAAUAGGUGGACCGUUCCUGCACUGGGUUACCACAAGUCUCCUGUUCAUGCGCCGUCGAGGCCCGUCGACAAUAGCCCAGAGCUUCACGCUUCUUUCUGGAGCGGAUUCCAGCCCGUGCUAGAUCGAUAUGCACCUACCUGUCCACCUCCGAAGAAAGAGGGAAGAGCCGACUCGAAUGAAAUCGGCUUUCAUCCUGAAAAGAAUGACCAGAAACGACCAGACCAUAUUAGGAUGCCCGAGGGUGACGUUGAAUUGAUGAAGAAACUACAUACCGAUUUCGUUGUCGAGGUCAGCAGUGGUCGUCACCGACCCUACUACGCCCCAGGCACCCGUGGCCUGGUAUCUACAGCAGGUGGUAAAUAUCUCCCUGUGCUGACGGUUUCCCUCCGCAUGCUUCGAAAUAGAGGCUGUUCCUUACCGAUGGAAGUCUUCCUGGCCACAAACGCCGAGUUCGAGCCAUAUAUCUGCAACCAGGUCUUUCCUGCAUUGCAGGCUAAGUGUGUCGUCCUCGAGAACAUGGUUAAAACCUCUCCGAAGAAUAUCUCGAUCUCCAACUACCAGUACAAAGUAUUUGCGAUGCUCUUUUCAUCAUUCGAGGAACUCCUCUUCCUUGAUGCGGAUGCAUUCCCUCUGCAUGACCCCAAUGAACUAUUCCACAAGGAACCGUUCUCUUCCGGAAAGAUGGUCCUUUUCCCCGACUUCUGGGCCUCGAGCGCAGCACACCAAUACUACUCCAUUGCUUCAUUACCAGUCCCCAACAUGAACAAGCGGGCUUCUACUGAAUCCGGGGAAAUAAUGCUCUCAAAGAAGCAUCAUGCAAAGACAUUGUUGCUUUCCACUUAUUACAAUCUUUAUGGACCCCAAUACUUUUACCCGCUCCUCUCCCAGGGUGCCGCAGGAGAAGGAGAUAAGGAAACCUUCCUUGCUGCAGCUACAGUUGUUGAAGAUGAUUUCUACCAAGUUAGCGAGCGACUACGUGCUAUUGGGCACCGCUCACCAACCGGGUUGGCCGGCUCAGCCAUGCUGCAAUUUGAUCCAACGGAAGACUAUGCCCUGACCCAAAAGGGACUCUGGCGUGUCAUCAACGAGACUGUUGCUCCACCCCCCCGUGCCUUCUUUGUUCAUGUCAAUGUUCCAAAGUUCAACCCUGCUACAAUCUUUGGAAAGCACCCAAUCGACCCCGUCCGAGACCACACGGGCAAGUUCAUCCGACCUUGGACCGUGCCAGAGGAAUCUAUAAAGCUAAUGGGCGAUGGCAUUGAGAAACAAUUUUGGGGAGAGAUGAAGUGGGUCGCCUGCGAACUGGAGAAAAAAUUCAAAUCCUGGGAGAAGCUUGAAGGAGUCUGCGAUAACUUGAAGAAAUAUUGGAACGAAGUAUUUGAGAAGCCGCAGCCGCCUAAGUAA